ACCUGAAACCACGACCGGGUUGCGCGGGGCUCACCAGGAAGUGCGAGGGGACAGAUGUGUCUCCUGUCUCAGAUCAGUUGUCUCAUGUCUGCGGCCUCGUCCUUCUCCCCGUUGACCUGUCCUGAGUCCACUCGCCCAUAGAAGACGGGACCGCGAGCCGCCGGAGGACACACGCCCCUUUUAACAAUGCCCCGCAGAAAGAGAACCGCCGGAAGCAGCUCGGACGGGACCGAGGACUCGGAUUUUUCCGCCGACCUCGAACAAGUCGAAGUUUCCGAGAGCGUGCACAGGCGCAGCAGCACGCGCCUGACGCGCGCGUCCCUGCGCCUCAGCCGAAGCUCACAAGAUAACGGCAGCUCAGUGAGGAGCAGUUCUCCUGCAGCAGUGGGAUCCGAUGAAGGCCUGGACUCGCCACCGGAGCCGGCAGCACGCUCAGCAGUGACGGCGUCCGUCUUCUCCUCCGGGCGCAGGGUCACACGCAGCCAACAGGGGGCGACAAACAACACAGCCAAAAGAUACCCGCUGCGCCAGAGUCGGUCGUCUGGGUCCGACACGGAGGCGAAUGCAGAUCUGAAGCCGACUGAGGACCGGGACGAGACCCCCCCCCGCACCCCAACGGGCAACGCCCCCUCCUCGGAGUCGGACAUCGAGGUUUCCAGCCCGAGCAACGACCUCGUGUCUUCCAGCAACGACAUUGUAGUUUCACAGGAGGAGGACGAGAGAUUGGCUAAAGAGCUGUCACUCAAAGAGGCCGCCGCCCAUGACCUCUCUCACCGGCCCAAACGCCGGCGCUUCCACGAGAGCUACAACUUCAACAUGAAGUGUCCGACGCCCGGGUGCAACUCGCUGGGUCAUCUAACAGGGAGACAUGAGAGACACUUCUCCAUAUCAGGAUGUCCUCUCUACCACAACCUGUCUGCGGACGAGUGCAAGGGCAAGGCAUCGACGCGCGACAAACAGGCCGAGGAGAGGACGCUGUCACACCGUCAGGAUGAGAACAGACAUUCCACCAGAAACCAGGCUCCGACCGAGCGGCAGCUGCGCUACAAGGAGAAGGUGACGGAGCUGAGGAGGAAGAGGAACUCCGGCCUCAACAAGGAGCAGAAGGAAAAGUGCACGGUAAGUGGGCGAGGGCUGAACGAGUGUGAUUCGUCAAACUUAAGCAUUUCCAUAUUGUCCAUAUUGUAUUCCCCCCCCCCCCCCCCCCAGGAGCACCGUCAGAGCCACGGGGCGAGCCGGGAGCCGCUGCUGGAGAACAUCACCAGCGACUACGACCUGGAGCUGUUCAGGAAAGCGCAGGCACGUGCCUCGGACGACCUUGAGAAGCUCCGUCUGUCCGGUCAGGUGUCGGAAGGCAGCAACAUGAUAAAGACCAUCGUGUUCGGUCGCUACGAGCUGGACACCUGGUACCACUCCCCCUACCCGGAGGAGUACGCCCGCCUGGGGAGGCUCUACAUGUGUGAGUUCUGCCUGAAGUAUAUGAAGAGCCAGACCAUUCUACGCAGGCACAUGGCCAAGUGUGUGUGGAAGCAUCCUCCAGGUGACGAGAUCUACAGGAAGGGGAACAUCUCCGUCUUUGAGGUGGAUGGAAAGAAGAACAAGAUUUACUGCCAGAACCUGUGUUUGCUGGCCAAGCUCUUCCUGGACCACAAGACCCUGUACUACGACGUGGAACCGUUCCUCUUCUAUGUGAUGACGGAAGCUGACAACACCGGCUGCCACCUCGUCGGAUACUUCUCCAAGGAGAAGAACUCUUUCCUGAACUAUAACGUGUCCUGCAUCCUCACCAUGCCUCAGUACAUGAGGCAGGGCUAUGGCAAGAUGCUCAUAGACUUCAGUUACCUGCUGUCGAAGGUGGAGGAGAAGGUGGGUUCACCCGAGCGUCCUCUGUCCGACCUGGGCCUCAUCAGCUACCGCAGCUACUGGAAGGAGGUGCUGCUGCGCUACCUGAACCAUUUCCAGGGCAAGGAGAUCUCUAUCAAAGAGAUCAGUCAGGAGACGGCGGUGAACCCGGUGGACAUCGUCAGCACGUUGCAGUCGCUCCAGAUGCUCAAAUACUGGAAGGGGAAGCAUCUGGUCUUAAAGAGACAGGACCUUAUCGACGACUGGAAGGCCAAGGAGACCAAACGGGGAAAUGGCAAGACCAUAGAUCCCACCGCCUUAAAAUGGACACCUCCUAAAGGGACGUAGAGACGCUUCACACUCCAAACACCUUCAAACACACACCCAGCCCCAUCCUCCGCUGUGCACUGGCAUGCUCACACACCCUGACACCACCCCUCACACACACUCUUGUACAAAAAGCUGCAGUCGUCAGCUUUUACUCUGAGUUCAAGCCGUCACUGUCAUGACUCUGGAAACUGACUUCAGUCCAACAAUCAUUUUAAAUACGACUGGAAAAAGAAAGAGCUCGUUGGAUGUUUCAAACAUUUAAAGAUCUGUCUCUGAAAAAACCAAGCUUAGAAUUAAAUUCUUAUUUGCACAAAAACAAAGGUAAAGAACCAAAACAUGAGAAUUAGUGGUCACUAAAAGUGAAACAAGCAAAAGCACAGAAAGUUAAAGUGAAACAUUAGAUUCAAGCUUUUCAUUUCCUCACCUCUCGCUUCACCACUUUCCUUCAGCAGCUUGAACACUAUCACCUUCUUCAAUGACUGAUACAUUUAAAAAUGGAGUCUGGCAAAAUCUUGUAGCAGGUGCCAGCUUCACGGAGGAAACGGGGGGGGGGGGGGGGGGGUCAGACGUGAAACAGGAAUGCUACACAAAUACAGAUGUGGACAACGACACAAGCAGAUUAACUCUUGGUUUGUGUUUAUUUUGUAUAGAGAGGCGAGAGGGCGGAGACGGCAACACAAUCGAUUAAAGUCACUUUAUACAAAGGAGCGUGUCAAAUAAAUAUAUUCUGUUAUUUAUAAAUUCAUUAUUUUAAGUUAUCUCCCAAAUUGUAAAUUAAUUAAUCCAUUCCUAUGUUUUAUUUAUGAGAUAGGGUUAUAUACGUCAUGAUGAACUAAGAUUAAUGUCCAGCGAUGUAGUUGUGUGUUCUCUGCAACCGCCGACAUCUGCUCCAUCUCAUUUGUCAUCUGAUGAGUGAAAGUAAUUGUGCGUCGUUAGCGCACCUCCUACCAGACCCCCCCCCCC